UUUUAAGUUUCACAAGAAAGGGGUCGGUGACCCAUCUGCUAAACAAUCACCUCUUUAUCUUCAAGCUCUAUCUCCUUGGUCUUCUCUCUUGGAAAUCAAAGGCAAGGGCGGAGGGCGACACGGAGAGGGUUGUGCUACUUCGCUCCAUAUCAUGCUCCUAGUCCUACAGGUGCCAUCUCUCCACACCAUGCUCCUUGUCCUGCCUCUUCUCCUCCAACCUCCGCAGGUCCAAGAGGUCACAACAGUUCUUCCCCUACACUGUGUCGGCUCUCCACUUUGGCGGAAGCACCCCACAUCGCUGCUACGCUUGAGGCGGGGCUUUCCUAUAACUUCCAUCCACACAGUCUCCACCUCCCUCAUCGAGAGAGUUACCUUUACACAUACUUGAAGAAAGAAAAUAGAGCUGAGUAUGUCUCAUUUGUGGAUCUUGGUCACAUACCAACAUGUAGUGUGGGCAAAAAAGACAGUAAAUUGUCACAACAUAUUGCUGAGCCCUGAGCAGUUGAGAGCAUCAAACAGAGAUAGUAUCUGUUUCAUUUCAUAUAACACAGGGUACCAUUGGAUCCUAACUAUAAUUAAUGAAGAUAAGAAUAUAAUAUAUUUAUUGGACUCUUUGAGUAAUAGGAAUCGAGAUCAUGCUUGACAAACUAUUGCGACCAAGUAGCGGGGCCAAGUUAUACAAUGCAUCAAGGUGUAUUUCAAAAGGAUUUGGUUUUAAACAAUUGACGGGUAAUCUAAAAUAAAAAGGUGGUGUUGAAUGUGGAUAUUGUUUAAUGUGGUACAUGAAAGAGAUAGUCUUGGAUGAAUAUCUCUAAUUGGAGAUGAAGGCUGAAACCCAGUAUACAAGCAAGGAGACCGCGUGAUCUCAGAAAUCAAUACGCAUGACAAGAAGACUUGUGGAUUCAUCAUUUUUCACACAGUAGCAGAUUCCAUUGUCAGCCACCCAACAGCUUUCAUUGAACUCGCCUUAAUCCUCAAUAUAUCGAGAGUGCAGAGAAGAUCCCGGCUGGUUACGUUGGAGCGGAGAUGGUGACCAAAUUGAGGUUGAUUCGAAAUGGCAACCAAUGCAGAAAAUACAAGCACGCAGCCGUCGCCGCCGGGUUCUUCUUCGUCGCCAUGGCUUUCUUGGUGGUGUACAAGCCCCAGUCGCUUGCCGUUCCUAACUUCGGGUUUCGGGCAUCCAUCGCGAAUCCAGAUUCAGGGAGCAAUAUGGUGAACGGAGAAGACGAUCAUGCGAGAAAUUCUCUAGCAUCUGGAAGAAAUGAUGAUAAGGAAGAGGCGUUCUCGGAAAAUUAUUACAUUUCUGACUCAAAAAAGGAAAGUGGGAGAGAAUUUAAAGAUACGAUGUUGAAUCAAGAAACGAUGCACGUUGAACUCCCAAUUGCCUCAAACUCCACUGCUCCCAUGCAAUUAGCUGCCGGAGAAGCCAUUCGAAGGAGGAAGCCACUGUGCGACGUUUCGGACCCGCGAGUCGACAUCUGCGAGAUGAGCGGCGACAUCAGGAUCGCCGGAAACUCUUCCUCUAUCCUAUUUAUUGAGCCCGAGGCGGCGGCGCGGCCGCCGGAGCAAUGGCGAGUCCGCCCUUACCCUCGGAAGGGCGACGACACUUGCCUCGGCGGCGUCAGACAGUUCGCCGUCGUCAGCGCAGGCAGCGACGGCGCCCCGCGGUGCACAGUCGACCACGGCGACGUCCCGGCCGUCGUCUUCUCCGUCGGCGGCUACACCGGCAACCUCUUCCACGACUUCACCGACCUGCUCGUGCCGCUCUUCGUCACCGCUCGCCCCUUUCACGGCAAAAUUCAAUUCGUCGUCGCGGAUUGGAAGAGCUGGUGGAUCAACAAGUAUCUCGUCGUCUUCCGUAAAUUGACAAACUACCAGUUGAUGGAUUUGGAGCAGCAGAGUGCCGGGCAAGUGCAUUGCUUCAAACAGGUGGUGGUCGGACUUCGAGCUCACAAGGAGUUCUUGAUCGAUCCUGCCAGAUCGCCCAAUCGCUACACCAUGGUGGAUUUCAAGAGGUUCAUGAGGAUCGCGUUCUCGUUGGAACGAGACGCGCUGAAUAACGCCACCGACGGCGGCCACCUCCCCCCGCGCCGGAAACCGAGACUCAUGCUGAUCGCGAGGAAACAGUCGAGGGCGUUCACCAACGUUCCGGAGAUCGUGGCCAUGGCAGAGGAGCUAGGAUUCGAGGCCAUGGUGGCGGAGGCGGACGCGGGGUCCGACCUGGCGCGCUUCGCGGGGGUGGUGAACUCCUGCGACGUGAUGGUGGGCGUGCACGGUGCCGGGCUCACCAACAUGGUCUUCCUGCCGGCGAACGCCACGGUGGUGCAGGUGGUGCCGUGGGGCGCGCUGGAGUGGCUCGCCAUGCUGGACUUCGGGAACCCGGCGAAGGCGAUGGGGCUCCACUACGUGCAGUACAGCAUCGGGAUCGAGGAGAGCACGCUGAGGGAGAGGUACCCGAGGGGCCAUGCGGUGUUCACCGACCCGAUGUCGUUCCACCGCCGCGGCUUCGCCGUCGUGCGGUCGACGUUCAUGGUGCGGCAGGAUGUGAAGCUGGACGUGAAGAGGUUCCGGGAGCUGCUGGGGAAGGAAGUGGGCCACAUGAUCCAGUAGUUCUUCUUCCAGUAUUUAAUGUUUAUUAAAAUUAAUAAAAUCAUAAACAUUGCAAUUUUCAGUGGAAAAUUUAAAAUAUUAUUUGUGAUUAUUACACUUAAAUAUCUAUAGUUUUAAUUGGCAUAUAUUCAGCUUAA